GAUGCCUUGCCAGAUAAAGGUCCUGCCAAAACGCAGACCGUAAGCAACCCUAGAGACAAUCAGCAACCUGGAGCCUGGCCUGGAUCCAAUGCUUGGGGUUCCACCCCUGGAGCUCCGUCUGCCCCAGGCACUGCCCCUUAUGGACAAGGCCAAGGAGGACCAUAUUCUGGAGGUGGAGCUCAGCCUAGUGCCCCACCACACGCGUACCCAUCUGGACCCCAGCCGGGAGCGCCAAGUGCCCCAUCUGCACCUACCGGUCCCUAUCCAGGAGCAGCACCUGGGCAGCAGCCAUCUCAACCAAAUGUGCCAUAUUCCUACCCAGGGGCCCCCGGUGGACAGCAACCAAAUGUGCCAUAUUCUACAGGACCCUAUCCAGGAGCCCCUGCUGGACAGCAGCCUGCACCAAAUGCUCCAUACCCUUCAGCACCCUACCCAGGGGCUCCAGCUGGGCCAGACCCGAAAGCAGCGAAUGCUCCUUAUCCAGGAGCUCCUUCUGGCCCACAACAACCAGGAGCCCCAUCUGGUUCAUAUCCAGGAGCUCCUUCCGGCCCACAACAACCAGGAGCCCCAUCUGGUUCAUAUCCAGGAGCCCCAUCUGGUUCAUAUCCAGGAGCUCCUUCUGGCCCACAACAACCAGGAGCCCCAUCUGGCCAACCAGGAGCACCUGGGCAAUAUCCCUAUCCUUCAGGGCCAAUGGGACCUGGUGGCAUGCCAGGGUCAUAUCCUAACCCUUCUGGUCAAUCAUAUCCGGCUCCAUCUGGCCCUUAUGGUCAGUCUGCUCCUACAGGUCCUUCACCUGGUGGGCCAGGGUGGGCUUGGGGAUCCCAGGGUGGGCAGUUCCCCUCACAGCCUAAUUUGCCAUAUCCAGCUACUCCUCCAUUCCCAGUUCCUGGUGCUAAUGCUUCAUCUUCCGGAGCCUGGGGCUCGGUGCCGUCCGGUCAGUGGGGACCAUCGGCAUCAUUUCCUGGAGCUCCUGGAUCAUACCCAAAUCAAGGCUAUCCCUGAAGUUGCCGGAUUCCAGGGGUCCUGUUCUGGGAGCCUUUCAGCUAGCUUAUAUAGUUACAGACAUUCGAAAAUAAAACAAGCGUCUUCAUACCGUGGAAGGAACGUAGCGCGUCCCCGGGCCGUCCUGGACAAAAUCGCAGGAUCAGACCGGACCGGAGGGGACCUUGAAGGCCUAGUUCAGCUUGUAGAGGAGCAGUGUGGACAGCGAGCUUUUACAGAGCUUCCAGAAGGUUCCUUGAAGGCUUUUAAAGCGCCCUUCAGCUGCAGUUUGGGAAUGGAGAUCCUCACACAUACAAUUCCUAGUGAACGUCUGGGCAAAACAAUGAAGACGUUCUGUACAUCUCUGCAAUACAUGCACAUGCGUCUGCCAAAAUUCCAGCAAGCUCCUGACAUCCUGUAG